AUGCAAGGUGUUUCGCAAGUCAAAGUAAUCAACUCCGGACUCAUCUGGUUCUUGGUUUCGACGACUUGCGUGAUCAUCAACGACACCAUGGCGUACAUCUUCGGCUGCAGUUUCGGCAAGACCAGCUUGAUGCACAUCAGCCCGAACAAGACAGUGGAAGGCUUCUCGGUCUCGAUAUUUGGGCGCAAAAUAUUCUUUCGACAUGCAUGGCUCGACUUCUUCAUCCUCGGCCUCGUCGCCGCGAUCUUCGCACCGCUCGGCGGCUUUCUGGCAAGCACCUUCAAGCGGCAUUUAAGCAUCAAAGACUUUGGCGCGCUGAUACCCGGGCACGGCGGCAUUACUGACCGCUUUGACUGCCAGUCGAUCAUGGCGAUGUUCACUUGGCUCUACCUGCGAGAUCUACGGAGACCGCUUCAAAUGGAACAUUUGCGAUGCGAAGGAAGGUCUGCCGGUGGAAGUGUUGCAAGAAUUGCUUCACGAAGACUAGCGAAUUUUCGCGAAUUUAAAACCAGCGCUUGUGGAGCUCCUUGA